CACGUCCCGGGACCUUUCUCGUGCUUCGGCGCGCUGUCCUAAACGUCACUUCCGGGAAGGAGGCGACUGGUGGGAAAGGCUAAAAGUACCAGGAAGUUUUCUCAAGAAGAGGACUUGAACAAUGGCAGUUUUUGAUUCUCCUCAGGAAGCAUUUGGCAUUUUGCGUCCAAUUUGUGUUCAGCUCACAAAGACACAGACAGUGGAGAAUGUGGAAAGCCUUCAGUCAAAACUGCAUGUUGUAAGUGAUUCUGCUCUUCAAGACCUUCAAGAAUAUAUCCUCUUUCCCUUGAGAUUUACCCUCAAAACUCCAGGCACAAAAAGAGAAAGCUUGGUCCAGAGUGUGGUAGAAUGCAUCACAUUUGUCCUUUCUACAACAUGUAUAAAGAAAGAGGACCUCCUUCAAGAACUUUUUUCAGAGCUCUGCCUUUGCCUGUCUUCUCCCAAUUCCCAAAAACCUGCGCCUGUUUCAGAAGAAUUAAAAUUGGCUGUGGUCCAAGGACUCCAUACAUUAAUGCAUUCAGCCUAUGGGGACAUAAUCCUCAGUUUGUACCAACCUUGCACUCUUCCCCAUUUAGGAUUUGCCAUAUCUUUAUUGUUAACUCUAGUGGAACAGGAAAAAUCCAAGCAAAUUAAAACUUCUGCCUUAAAGUGUUUACAAGUUCUUCUAUUACAGUGUGACUGCCAAGACCAUCCCAAAUUGUUAGAUGACAUUGAGACAAAAAAACUUGGGGAUUUGUUUGCUUCUUUUUUGCCUGGGAUCUCAACUACAUUGACCAGGAUUAUCACUGGAGACUUUAAACAAGGUCAUGUUAUCAUCAUCUCUGCUUUAAAGAUCUUUUAUAAGACAAUUGCUUUCAUUAUGGCUGAUGAACAGUUAGCAAGAAUUCCAAAAGACAAAGAGAAAUUUUCAGUUGAACACAGGGUAGCAGAACUUAUGGUCCAUAGAGAUGCAAAUUGGGUUAAAAAUACUGGAGAUAAGUUGGCUGCCCUUAUUGAAAAGAUAGUUGAAUUUAUUUCAGUUCAUCCACACUGGAAAGCAAGGAUGGAACUGAUAGAACUUGUCCAGGAUCUUCUUUUGAAGUGUAGACAAUCCUUAUUGAAGUCUGUUGGCCACCUUUUGAAAGUUUUGGUAGGUUUGGUAAAUGAUGAGAAUCUUGAUGUUCAAAAUAGAUGCAAUAAUGUUCUGAAGAAUUUUGCAGAUCAAAGGAUAGUUGUUGAGAGUAGGGUACUCACUGACAUCCUGUCAGAAAAUCUGCACUCUCUUGCUACAGCCCUUCCCCGCCUGAUGAGCUCACAGGAUGAUCAAGGCAAAUAUUCUACUCUCAUCUUAUUACUUGGUUACCUGAAACUCUUGGGUCCCAAAGUUAACUUUAUUCUCCACUCUGUGGCCCACCUACAUCGCCUAUCUAAAGCACUCAUCCAAGUGCUAGAACUAGAUGUGACUGAUGUGAAAAUUGUUGAAGAGCGACGCCAGGGCCCUGAUGGAUUGGCUGAAUCCUCGAGUUCAUUGUCAGAGCCACCCUUCCACAAGAGCAAAAGCCAGAGGAAAUAUUUUCGGUUCUUCACAGACGAGCGCAUUUUCCUGCUAUUGAGGCAGAUAUGUCAGAUGCUUGGCUAUUAUGGAGAUCUCUAUCUGCUUGUAGAUCACUUCAUGGAGCUAUACAAUGAGUCUGUCAUUUACAGAAAGCAAGCUGCCAUGAUCCUUAAUGAGCUAAUUGCAGGGGCUUCUGGGAUAGAGGUGGAGGUUCUUCAUGAAACUCAUAGCAGAGCAAGCACAGAAGAACUAAAGGAGAUCAUAACAUCCAUCCUUGAGGAAUACAUAAGCCAGAAAAAUUGGUAUUUGGUCACCUCUAACGAAGCUGAAGGAAAUAGAGAAGAGUUAACAAUGAAGCAUUCAGACCUUCAGGCCAUCACAUCUGGUGUUCACACCUGCCAUCUUGUACCACUUCCAUCAUCUUCAGAGCUUAAUCUUACUGUCUGUUCUAUGAAUAGCAACAUCUGGCAAAUAUGUAUCCAGUUAGAAGGGAUUGGCUGCUUUGCGCAUGCACUAGGAAUAGAAUUUCGUGUGCUUUUAAUGUCAGCUCUUUAUCCAGUACUUGAAAAAGCUGGAGACAAAACUCUGCUUAUUAGUCAGGUGGCUACCAGCACCAUGAUUGACAUUUGUCAUGCCUGUGCCUAUGACUGUCCCCGGGACCUGAUCAAUCAUAAUGCUGACUAUUUAGUGAAUGAGAUUUCCUUAAAUCUGCAUCAGAUGGCACUGUUCCCUCAUACCCCAAUAGUCUUGGAAAUUAUGUUCCAGAACUCAGAUGCUACAUUGCUUCCUUUGGUAGAUGAUGUGAUUCAAGAUGUACUACUCAGCCUGGAUCAGUUUCAUGAUGAGAGAGCUGCUUCAUUCCUCAGUGUUCUGCACACGGUAUUGGCAGCCUUAGCCCGGUGGUUCCCAGAAGCCAAAGGUGACAAACAGCUCCAGGAGCAGGAAUUCAGGAAGGAAAAAUAUGGUUUACACCAAGACUCAGCAACUCUUGGGAAGGGAUUUGCAUUUACUACCUCUCCUGAAGAAAUAGAACGGUUUUUGUUGGAUUACCUCAGAAAUAAGGAUGUUGCAGAUGGAAAUGUCUCUGAUUCUGACAAAGAAGUUGUGCCCUGUUUUCCAGAGGAGCAACCACUCACUCCUGAGGCAGAGAUGAAUGAUGUCUGUCCAGAUGUGGAAGCCACACUGCCCGUGCAGAUCCAGAUAGCCAAGAAUGUGAUGGAGAGGUGCAUUCACUUGCUGUCUGAUAAAGAUCUGAAGACACGCCUGAAGGUUCUGGAUGUGUUGGAACUGUGCGUGACUGUUCUUCAGUCCCACGAGAACCAGCUGCUACCCAUGGUGCAUCGAGCCUGGCUGCCGCUUGUGCAUCGACUUACUAAUGAUGAUCCUCUGGCUGUUCUCAGAGCUUUUAAGGUUUUAUGCACCUUAGGGAACAAAUGUGGUGAUUUUCUUCGGAAUCGGUUUUCCAAAGACAUCUUGCCGAAGCUGGCUGGCUCCUUGGUCACCCAGGCUCCUGUCAGUGCCAGGGCUGGACCUGUCUACUCCCAUACACUUGCCUUCAAAUUACAACUAGCUGUGUUGCAGGGUCUGGGUUCGCUUUGCAACAAACUAGACCUGGGUGGGGGUGACCUGAAUAAAGUGGCAGAUGCCUGCUUGAUUUACCUGAGUGCUAAACAGCCCAUGAAAUUACAAGAGGCUGCCAGGAGAAAAAAUGCAGUCAGUAUUGUGCUAUAUCAGAAACUAGGACCACCAUGUUGAUUUGGAAAUUAUUGAGUCACCUGAAUCAGGAAAAGAACCUGAAGAAGUGAGGAACAGCUUUUAGCAAGGUGCUUGUUACUAUUUCCAUCUGUGUUGUACAAAUGGCAGUUGAACAAAUAUGACCAAUCACUUGGCAAUCCCCUGCUAUUUGAUAUCAUCCUGGGAUGUCAAAAUAUUCAGCAUUCUAGGUACCGUGUACUCCCUAAUUCUCUCAGAUUUAAAAACGGUAAGCAUUUAGUAGAAUCUUGCCCUGUGUUCAAGAUACUGUUCUGGUCACUAGAAAUACAAAGGUAAUGCCUCUCCUACCUUUUAGGGGCUUACUUAGAGACUCCUGAGGGAGCCAGAGAUAUAGGAGAAAGAGGUAUUCAAAGAGAGUAAAUUGUGAACAAAGAAAAGUCUAUUUGAAGGCCUCUGGUGAGGAUAUCUUACUCUGGGCUAGUGAGAAAGGAUUUUGUGAAGAAAAUGACUCCAGUUGGAUUUUUCAAGAAGUAAAGGGUUUCAACAGGAAGAAAUUAGGAAGAAUGCUUUCCAGGAAUGGUGGAUGUUCUUUGUGAGUACCUGGAAUUGGGUGAUAGCAAGAUGUGAAGGAGGAAGAUAAUCUCAUUUGGUUUGAACAUAAGAGUGUGUACAGGAGAGUAAUAUGAAAUAGGCUGGAAAAGUAGAAUCAGAUUGUGGAUAGUCUUAAAUAUCAGCCUAAAAAAUUUGUAUUUUUUUCUCCAUGCCAAGGCACUACAGUCCUAGGGCCAGAUCUAAUCCCUAAGUGCCUGUUUUUGUAAAGCAUAAGGCCAUCAAGCUAAGAAUAUUUUUUAAUUUUUUAAAUAAAGUUCUCAGUAGAUUAUAGUUUUCUGACCCCAGCUCUAGGCAGUAAGGAAUUACCUGAGGUCAAGGGAAGCCUUCAGGGCCUAGCUAGCUGCAGUUACAUCCUCUAAUGUUUUCCUGUUUAGUGUUCUUUUAGAACUCUAAAGAAUGGUCAGGCCACUGUUUGCUUU